UACAACAACGCGGUGAUUCCGACAUCCUUUGCGACUUGCAGCAUCGGAUCAUAUUCUCACCCAGCCCUGCCUGAGAAGUUAAAAGGCCAUUUGCAGCGCAGGAUUCAACGCGGUCGAAUUGGCCAUGCCGGAUCUGUUAGCAUACGGCAUGUUCUUGAACGGCGAGGAACCGGAUGCGAGUGACUACGACACCAUUGUCGAAGUCGCUAGGGCUAUUAAGCCUCUAGCGGAGGAAGUCGGAGUCGGGAUCCUUAUGUUGAAGCCGUUUGUGAACUUCGAAGGAUGGAAGUUAGGCCUCCAGGAUAGUGAAAGAGAAGAUGCCUUUGCGAGGGCACGAGGAUGGUUGAUGGUGAUGGAAGCCCUCGGGACAGACAUGCUGCAGUUGGCGUCGUCAGAUGCUGAAGAGAUAUCACCUUCGGUCGACGAUCUAGCCGCAGACGUUGCGAAGCUCGCUGACAUGUGCGCCGAGGAAGGGUUCCGCGUCGCAUACGAAAACCGAUGCUGGGCGACGCGAACCCGGACUUGGAAGGCAGCAUGGGAGAUCGUGAAGAAUGCAGACAAGCCAAACCUAGGGUUAUGUUUGGGCACCUUUCAGAUUUUGGGCGGGGAGUUUGGAGACCCAACAACCAGAACGGGGUUGAUCGAGGAUAUCUGCAGGGCUGAACUGGAAUCUCGCUGGAGAGCGAGCCUCCGACAACUGUCGGCAACGGUUCCUGCAGAGAAGAUAUUCCUCGUACAGCUAUCGGAUGCGUACAGGAUGGACCCGCCAAUCAAGGAAUCCAGGGAUAGUCAAGGGUCAUUGUCUCGGUUCAGAUGGAGUCAGGACCACAGACCGCUGCCCCGAUAGAGUCUGGUAGCGGGGGGGCGGCCCCAAAAGGGCGAUGGCAUGUCCUCCAGGCUGACAGCAGCGACGACACAAUACGGUAGAAUACGCUCUUGCAGGAGAUUGAGAAGGCAGCAGGUUACUUGAACCGACGCUGUGUACUGGCCCACGG